UAAAGUUCCUACGUAAAUGACGCAAUGGUGAUUCGUGUUUGAUCCGCAGCUGCGGAAUAGGGAAUGGGAAUAGAAACGACGUAUCUUUUCAGGGGUAAAAAUUGGUCUGUCGGCUGGUAUUACAACAACUAAUUUCUUGGGACCAGCUACUUGAAGUAGUCUGAUUGGGUUCGGGAGUUGUCCGGUUGGUUGUCACAGAUGAUACACACAAUAUAAAAAGAUUGUGUAGCGAUUUAUUUGUUCAACUAAACUCUCUGUCAGUGAGAAACAUUGUAUGGAUGAACCUCCCGGCUCUCAUACAUGGCGUGCAGAGACGUCGGUCAGCGGAUAUCCUACAUAUCGACGACGUGUUGCAAUUUAUCGAAGAAUUAAGACCUUGAAUUCCAAGGCAGAGUAAAUGGAGCGCGUGUCUGCACGGUUUUGACUGAAGGUUAGGGUAUGAUCCAGCUGCGACCUUUAUCUGAUUGCCUGGCCCGGAUUCCAGUGGAACCUGUCACUUGAAGUACCGUGGCUGGAUUCAUAGGGAGGUACGUGUGUGUUCUGCCAGCCACGGUUCAGCGCAGUAUUGUCGCUGUGGAGUUUUACAGGGUUUAUUCCCGGCAGAGCACUGGUCCAGGUCCGCGUGGAGUUGAGCUCGAGUUGGACAAGCGUAGGAUGGGAGAGCGAACUGAACAGAUGCAGUGGGUCUUGGCAAGGCAUCGUCACAAUACAGGGCAGUGAUGCCUGGUAUGGUGAUGUUUCGGCGGCGCUGGUCAGUUGGCAGUGAUGACCUAGUGCUGCCCGCCCUCUUCCUCUUUCUACUGCACUGCAUCUGGCUGGUGGUUCUGUCUGUGGUUCUGUUCAGCCUGCCCUAUGGCUCGGACCAGUCCUGCUCGGUCACCCUGGUGGACCAUGGCCGGGGGUACCUGGGCAUCUUGGUCAGCUGCCUGAUCUGUGAGAGCGCCAUCAUAUGGCUGAGUAUGAGAGGCAGCAUCCUCUACACACAGCCCAGAGAAGCUGUGCAGUAUGUCAUCUACAUACGACUAGCCAUUUUGUUGGUGGAGUUGGUAUAUGCAGUGGUGGGGAUCGCCUGGCUUUUCCAAUACUACCAACCGUGCUCUGAUGUCACUGCCAAGAACCUUGCUUUGGGGAUUGUGGUGUGCAAUUGGCUGGUGAUCUUCAGCGUGUGCUUCACGCUCAUGUGUACCUUUGACCCCACGGGACGCACAUUUGUUAAACUGAAAGCCACCCGGCGACGCCAACGCAACCUCACCACCUACACCCUCAGACACAGGCUAGAGGAGGGCCAAGCCAGCAGCUGGAGCAGGAGACUGAAGUUCUUCAUGUGCUGCACCCGAGCCCAGGACACACAGUCUGAUGCGUAUUCUGAGGUGGCCAGCCUGUUUGCAGAGUUCUUCAGAGAUCUGGACAUUGUGCCUAGUGACAUCAUAGCUGGCUUGGUGCUGCUUCGCCAGAGACAGAGGUCCAGCAGAGGUGCCAUCCUGGACCAGGCCAACAAUGACAUUUUAGCGUUCUUAUCUGGAAUGCCUGUAACUCGCAACACCAAAUACCUGGACCUUAAGAACUCGACGGAGAUGGGCAUGUACAAGGAGGUGUGUUACUACAUGCUGUUUGCCCUGGCAGCGUACGGCUGGCCCAUGUACCUGAUGAGGAAGCCUGCCUGUGGGCUGUGCCGCCUGGCCAGCUCCUGCCACUGUACAUCAGGGUCUGGCUCUAGGCUGUCCCAGACAGUGACAGUGGAGGAGGAUAACUGUUGUGGCUGUAACAUCCUGGCUAUUCGCCGCCACUUCCUGGACAGAGAGCUGAAGCAGGUCCACGUUGUCUACACAUCCUGGCACGACGCGGUUUACGAGACACCUUUCUUUGUGGCUGUGGAUCAUGGGAAAAAGAAAGUUGUCAUCAGCAUUCGAGGAACCCUGUCCCCCAAAGAUGCCCUGACUGAUCUCACAGGGGACUCUGAGCGUCUGCCAGUGGAGGAGCAGCACGGAAACUGGCUGGGCCACAAGGGGAUGGUUUACUCAGCAGAGUACAUUAAGAAGAAACUGGAGCAGGAAAUGAUCUUGUCACAAGCCUUUGGAAGAGAUUUGGGUAAGGGAACCAUGCACUACGGGCUGGUGAUAGUGGGACACUCCCUUGGUGCCGGUACUGCAGCCAUUCUGUCCUUCCUGCUCCGCCCCCAGUACCCCACACUGCAGUGCUACUCCUACUCUCCACCAGGUGGCCUUCUGAGUGAGGAUGCCAUGGAAUACUCCAAAGAGUUUGUCACCUCUGUUGUUUUGGGAAAGGACCUUGUCCCAAGGAUUGGUCUCUCUCAGUUGGAGGGGUUUCGGCGCCACCUGCUGGAAGUCUUACAGAAGAGCGACAAGCCAAAGUGGAGGAUCAUUGCAGGGGGAACUAAGUGCAUUCCUAAGUCCGAGCUGCCUGUGGACGACGGCCCCCAGCCCCAGACAGCCCCUGUGCCCCCCAGCACCCGUCUCUGGCUGCACCCCAGUGAUCUCAGCAUCGCCCUGUCAGCCUCCACCCCUCUCUACCCCCCGGGCAAGGUCAUCCACGUGGUCCACAACCACCCCUCAGAGACAUGCUGUGGACAGGAGGAGCCCACCUACUCAGCUCUCUGGGGGGAUAACAAGUCUUUCAACGAGGUCAUCAUCUCCCCUGCCAUGCUAAACGAGCACAUGCCUCACAUGGUGAUGGAGGGACUUAACAAGGUGCUGGAGAACUAUAACAAAGGGAAGACAGCCCUGCUUUCAGCUGCUAAGGUAAUGGCGAGCCCAACCGAGGUGGACCUGAACCCAGAGACCAUCUUCAUGGCAGCCGCCCCGCCUCCUGCCUCCCAACAACCCACCCCAACCACACAACACCGCAGGAACAGCAGUGUUCGUUCCUGUGCUCGCUCUGAGAUAUCACUGGAUGGAUUUGCAGAGUGCCCCCCUCCCUCAGUGUCAGUGGUUCUGCAGGGGGCCAGGGAGCGCCUUACCGUGGAGCUGAGGGACCGCCACGCACCCUUGGCCAUGAUGGAGAGCCUGUCAGACGCUGAGUCCCUCUACAGCCUGGACUCCCGACGUUCCUCAGCUGCACUCAGGGGCUCGCCAAUGCUGGGGUGCCUUCCCUUCCAACUGAAUGCACCUAUCCCUGAGGAGAACCCCUCUCUCAGCUCCCGCACUGAGCUGCUGGCUGCUGACUGCCUCUACCAGGCCACCCCAGAGCACGAGCUGGGAGAGGCAGGACCUUACUUCACUCCUCUGGGAUCCGGCUCCACCCCAGACUACCCCAUGCGCCUCUCCCCUUCCACCCCGCGCUAUAGCAGCCACCACUCCCCAGCACCACUGGCCCAGAGUGUCAUAGGUCAGCCUUUCACACAAAAAUUGCCUUGUGCUGCCCCUUGCCAUCAAAUGCCUGACAUUUACAGCCCAGGCAGCACCCCUAAUGCUCCCCUCAACCCACGGAUCAGCCAUGGGGAGGAGGACGGAGUAGAGGCAGAAGGAUGGGAAACAGAGACAGGUGAGUCACAGCCAUCCAGUCCUCCAGCCCAGCUGUCCAACGGCAACCCUAGUCAGGCAGUGCUGGAGUUUGCACAGUACCUUGACUCUCUCUUCAGGCUGGAUGGCAGUGGCUCACCGCCUCUGGAGUUGUCUGACGGGGAGUCUGAGUCCGGUCGGGGGUCAUAUGGUCAGGGAGAGGGGCCAGUGGAAGGACAGAAGGGGGACGAUACACAGCUUCUGGCUCGGGACACAAUGGAGCCUAACCUGGUCCCCAAGCCCCCGCGUACCUUUGCUGGAUCUGCUGACCCUUCCUCUGGCAUCUCCCUCUCACCCUCAUUCCCUCUCUCUUCCUCUGGUGAGCUCAAUGACCUCUCUCCCGCCGACGGAGCACCUCUUCCCACGCACUCACUACGAACCUCCACUCCCUGUCCCUACCCUGAAGAAAACGCACUGGUGUCUAUGGUAUAGUGGCCCACUCAGUCCCUUUAUGACUCUUUCUCUCUCCUCUUUCCUUAUUCCGUUGCUGCAUCUCUCUGAUAAAGUAUCACUGAACAUGCAUGUGAUGGAAUGCAAUCUGCUAUGCUGUUACAGUACCUUACAAAGACAUGACAGACCAAAUGAUUAAGACUGAGAUGAAAAACUAUUGUUCCAUUUUCAGGUGUCAAAAGCUGUGUAAAGCAUUUUCACUACUAUUGUAAUAAUACAUUUGAAUCUCUGUCUGCAUGCCAGGGGCCUGUUCUGCUUUGGGGUAAAUAGCCUCACCACUGACUGUCAUUCCAACACACACUAUCUCACAUCAACACAUGGUAGCAUUACAGCCCUGCAGUGACGUGACUUUAUCAAAUGGGAGACAACUGAGCAGGGGGAGGGAGGAGUUAGACACUAGGUGGGGUUUUCAUUGGCACAUGACCACAAUUAACUUACCAUCCUCCCUCAUCAGUGCCUAAAGCUUAUUCAUCUUUAAUAUCAGGAAAGUAAAAAAAACAGACACAGAUGCUGAACAACAGAGAGGAGAGAGAGAAGACAUUAUGGUUUGUUUCUCAGGUCUAUCAGGAAAUGACAGUGUGGAAGAGAAGGAGUGUAGAUCAUAGAGUAUUGAUGUGUCUUAAAACAGUGAUUGUGACAAAUGUUAAGAAUGUGGUUUUUGGUCUUUGGUUGUCUUUUAUAGCAUGAGGAAUGUAGUAUUCAUUUUUAUUGACAGAAAUCACUCGUCAGUCAGCAACUCUUACUAACAUACGAACCAUCUCGCACACAUUAAAAUGCACAAUUUGCCCAAAAAUGUAUUGCCAAAUGUAUUUAUAAGGUGUGAUAUUGUUUUUUUGUGAAAUACUGCAAAAUGUACACUUUCACAAAACAAAGAUACAGGUUUCAAGUUUAACUCUGAGAGGGAGAAGAUACAUUUUGGUAUCGCUCCCUUUAAUAUCCAAUCAGUCUAUUCCCGUUCAAACUGUGUUAAACCACCCUGGAGAGGAUGAGGAAGCUAUCCCUACAACACUGCCAUGGCACAUAUCUCCCAAAACACGUCCCUCUCCAAGUGUUUGUACCAAGCCAAUUAUGCUAUAAAAAACAUGAGAUGCACUGUAGGAGAUUGUUCCUCUUAAAGGGGUCUUGCUGAGGUACACAAUUAUGUCAAUGACUUCUAAGUCUUUGGUUCCCUUUAAACUGGUUCAUAUCAAGCAUAUUGAGGUUGAACUGUACAGGUUGUAGUGCCCACUUUCUCUACAUUUUACUAAAACAUGUGGCAAACAUAUUUCAUAUCAGUUGUAUUGGUUGGAUCAAACAUACUACAUUAUUUAUUACUGUUGUUUCUUACUAUUAUUGGUGGUAUUAUUAUCGUUAUUAUUACUCUUGUAACAGUUUGGUUUGCUUUCUAUGAGUUCGGCUUUCAGUUGCUGGGUAAGGCUGGUGAAUUUCAGCCGACUCUCAAAAUAAGGGUAUAUCUCUGGGAAGAUAUCUCUGUCCAAGUGAAAAAGUACUGGGUGUCAACAUCACAGGAGAUUGGUGCCACCUUCAUUGGGGUAAUGGCUCGUGGUAAUAGCUGGAGCGGAAUUUGUGGAAUGGUAUCAAACACAUGGUCUAUGUGUUUGAUUCCAUUCACUCUGUUCCAGCCAUUAUUAUGAGCCAUUCUCCCCUCAGCCAGCCUCCAUUAGCUGCCAUGGUGAUGGCAGAGAAACAGACUCUAUAAUAGGAAGUGGGGUCAUUACAGUGACCUCUGAUACAAUACAGCCAUUCUGAAGGGGUCACUGUGGUGACCUAUAGAAGCUGUACUCUUUUAGCAAUGGCCUUGCUGUGGUAUCACUCAACAGGCCUCACUCUGUGGCCAGAUUACAGUUUGACACCACACAAAUCCAUGCUCUCACAGCAGUCUCUACUUUGCCAGCACAGUGUUGAACAACCAGUGUGAAAUAGCUUUGCUGCAGUGGGUCAUGGCCCAGUGUAGGCUAUAUCAGCACCACCAUAGGAAGAUGUCACAUUCCCUUUUCACCAUGACAUGUACAGCAGUGUCUUAUUUGUCAUUAUUUAAAUGCAGAUGUCUUGUUUCCUGUCUUUGUUUUCGUUUUUUUAUUAUAAAAAAGAUUAAAUGAAAAUAGAAUAACAUAGAAAAUGACUAUGAUAACAGGUAUAUUACAAAUCUAUAUCAAUAUUGACAUAUAUAGAAAAAGUACAAAUGUAUGGAGGGAAAAAUGAAUCUAUUUAGUGAGAAAAAUCUAUGACACAGAAAUGAGUAAUCAAUUCUGACAAUAAUCUAUGUUGACCGAUAAAUCAUUCAAUGAUGUCUUGUCCAUGUUUACCUGGUUUGCUACUCUUCCCUUCCUGUCCCAGAUUGAGAAUGUAUUUAACCCCCGCCACCUCUCACUGCCCUGCCUGUAAUUGAAUAAAGCAAAACCAAUUUAAGGAAAAUUA